AUGGAUAUGGCCCUUGACAAGCAAAAAUAUCAACUGUACACGGCAAAGUCCAGGCCGGAACUAUGGAAACAAUUUGAGGAUGACCACCACCCACUCAAUGCCGCAUGGCCUCUCUUCCUGGAUCAAGACCCCUGUUACCAGAAAUACGCCAAAUGGCUGGCUGAAUAUGAGGGCCUAGCAGAAUAUCAAUUCGCUAUAGUUGAGCGGAAUCAUGACGACGAAACCAUCGUGGCCUGUGGCCGUUCCAUUCCAUUCUACUUUCCCGAGCUGGACGACAAGAAAUUCACCCAAGAAGAAGCCCUGCUCCGCUUACCAGAAGGGGGAUACGAUGCUAUCCUAACUCGCGGCAUCGAGCAGUACCGAAGAAGAAUGUCUCCGGACACAGCCACGGCAACGCUUUUUCAUAAAAGCAAUCGUGACUUUGACGCGGCCUGCUCAUUUGCAAACCCACCCAAUGCACUGUCCGCCAUCUCCAUCACCGUCCGUCCUGAUCGACGCUCCCUUGGCCUAGCAGAAGCCGUGAUCCAAGCCAUGAAGCAAACAGCCAUAAAAAAAAACCUUGAUGUUCUUGUCGUACCUCUUCGUCCGACCCGAAAAAGCGAAUUCCCAUCUGUGGACAUGGCUGAUUAUAUCACCUGGCCGCAGCUUCCAAUCAUGCCGGAUCUGGACCUUCCAUUUGACCCUUGGCUGCGAAAACACAUCCGUCUUGGGGGGGCAGAUCAUCAAGGUAGCUCCGACAAGCAUGAGGGUAGAGGGGAGCAUCGCCGAUUGGCAGCAUUGGACGCGCAGUGA